AUGCUGAUGAGUGGCAGGAGUCAGAGGAACACGUUGAACACAUCCCAUUCUCCCACACCCGGUACCCUGAGGAGGAAAUGGUUAAGAGAGCUCAGGAAUUUUAUGAACUUCUCAAUAAGAGACGCUCAGUCCGGAACAGCCCCAAGUGGGGCCCACACAGAGCCCUGGACCUUUGUGGUGGUGAAGGACCCAGCUGUGAAGCACCAAAUCCGGCAGAUCGUGGAAGAGGAAGAGGAAAUAAACUACAUGAAAAGAAUGGGACCCCGCUGGGUUACAGAUCUGAAGAAACUGAGAACCAAUUGGAUUAAAGAGUACUCGGACACUGCCCCCAUUUUGAUUCUCAUUUUCAAGCAAGUGCAUGGCUUUGCUGCGAAUGGCAAGAAAAAGAUCCACUACUACAAUGAGAUCAGCGUCUCCAUCGCUUGUGGCAUCCUGCUCACCACGCUGCAAAAUGCAGGGCUAGUGACCGUCACUACUACUCCCCUCAACUGUGGCCCUCGUCUGUGGGUGCUUCUGGACCGUCCCCCACAUGAAAAGCUGCUGGUGCUGCUCCCCAUGGGGUACCCCAGCAAAGAGACCACAGUUCCUGACCUCAGACGGAAGACUCUGGAUCAGAUCAUGGUGACGGUGUAG